AUGACUCUUGACUCCAUGAUGGCUUGUUGCCUGAGUGAAGAGGCGAAGGAGUCCAAACGGAUCAACUCGGAGAUCGAGAAGCAACUGCGGCGGGACAAACGAGACGCCAGGAGGGAGCUGAAGCUACUUCUGCUGGGUACCGGCGAGAGCGGCAAGAGCACUUUUAUCAAGCAAAUGCGAAUCAUCCACGGCUCGGGCUACACCGAUGAGGACAAGAAGGGCUUCACCAAACUGGUCUACCAGAACAUCUUCACGUCCAUGCAGUCCAUGAUCCGUGCCACCGAAACACUCAAGAUACCGUACAAGUUCGAACAGAACAAAAACAACGCGCAGCUGGUGCGCGAGGUGGACGUGGAGAUGGUGACGUCGUUCGAUCAGCCGUACAUCGGUGCCAUCAAGAUGCUGUGGGCUGACCCUGGCAUCCAGGAGGCCUACGACCGCAGGAGAGAGUACCAGCUCUCGGACUCCACCAAAUACUACCUUAGCGAUUUAGAACGAAUAGCGACGUCGGGGUACGUGCCCACCCAGCAGGAUGUGCUGCGGGUUCGAGUGCCAACCACCGGCAUCAUUGAGUACCCCUUUGACCUGGAGAAUAUAAUCUUCAGGAUGGUGGACGUCGGUGGCCAGCGUUCGGAGAGGAGGAAGUGGAUCCACUGCUUUGAGAACGUCACCUCCAUCAUGUUUCUGGUGGCGCUCAGCGAGUACGACCAAGUGCUGGUGGAGUCGGACAACGAGAACCGCAUGGAGGAGAGCAAAGCGCUGUUCAGAACCAUCAUCACAUAUCCUUGGUUUCAGAACUCCUCCGUCAUCCUCUUCCUCAACAAGAGGGACCUGCUGGAGGAGAAGAUCAUGUAUUCUCACCUGGUGGACUACUUCCCGGAAUUUGACGGCCCUCAGCGCGACCCACUGGCAGGCCGCGAGUUCAUCCUGAAGAUGUUUGUGGACUUGAACCCGGACAGCGACAAGAUCAUCUACUCGCACUUCACGUGCGCCACCGACACGGAGAACAUCCGCUUCGUCUUUGCCGCCGUCAAAGACACCAUCCUGCAGCUCAACCUCAAAGAGUACAACUUGGUGUGAAGUGCUGUGUGACACAAAGAGAGAGGAGAGAGCGCAACACAUACACACACACAUUUUAUUAUCCACUUCCGCAAACACACACACACACGUCUGCAUGGAACACAGUCAUCGGUUUCGCUCCACACUCGCUAUCUCUCUUUUUUUGGGGCUCCUAACAGUGCCCGCGAAUCCAUAGUUGAACCUUUUGAAAUUAUCGGCAGUGCUUGCGUGUGGCGGGGUGGCCCACGUCAAACGCGUAACGCUUUAAAGGGCUCCUCUCCCUAGUUGCGUACGCCGUGCAUGCUGGACACGACGACCGUGUGCUCGUUGUGAGGAAUAAAUCUGUCAAUGUUUCAAAAAAGAAAAAGCUCCAAUUCAGAGUGCACACACUCUGUUGAAUGUAAAUACUUUUGCUUACACAUUGAUGACUUAUCUACUUUUUGCCUACUUUGUAAUUACAGCGGCUACACUCGGAAGGAUUGUAACCCGCCACACACAGACACAGACACACACACACACACAUACACAUACACACACUGCCCCCUCGGCGUUUGAAGUGUUAACACCCCUUUAAGAAGACAGCACUACCACUCAGUUGACUGCAAAUCACUCCACUGUCGCUUUGCCAAAUUGACACCACAUUUUCCCUUUUUUUUUUGUGUUUUUGGUGUAAAUAGAAAUCCAGUCUAUCGCCAGUAUUUCUUGAGUGCAGGACUUGGGAUCCGGUCCGCCAUGCAGUUCUCUGGCUCUUGAGAUGUGUCAAAUUUAGGAGAACCGCCGGAGAGAGUAGGGGGGAGUAGUCGCUUCUGUGUAUUUCCGUAAAUUGUGGUUUCCUAUUAAUCUCAAGGGCGAGGACUUUAGAUGUUGCUUGGAAUUGAUUAAUUGGAGUUCUACGUUAUUAUACCGAUUCCACGAAACACACACUGACUCAAAUUGGAAUCUAGCUUUUUUUUUUUCUCUCUCCUUCAAGUGCAGUUUCCCAACCUUUAUUGUACGUUAGAAAAGCGCACAGCAUACCGCCAAAGAAAAAUGUCACGAAAAGUACAUUAACUGAUGUGAUGAGCACAAAAGCUUGUAUUCUGUUGUAUGAAAGGUUACGUAGGUUAAUUGUCUCUUCUGCCGUCUAAUAGUAAAGCAUUACAUUGUUGUGCUUGUCGCUAUAUGUCACUGGCAUAAAUAGACAACAAUAUAUUUGUGGAAUAUUGUGCAAAUCUUCAUGCUUGUAUACCAGCUUAAAAUAUAAAUAAGCAAUCGAAUUAACUCUAGGACGAGUUGGUUGAAGGAAAAAAAGCAAAACAAUUAUAAGUCCGACCCAAAUGUUAAGGUACUGUGGGAAUUCCCGAGACGUCACGCCACUUAAGAUAAACGUGCCUACCAAAUGUGCAUUUUCAACAGGCUAAAAAAAAAAAAAUUCAGAUUACUAUUUUCAGGUCACCGGUUUUCUGUUCUUGGUCACAUGACGUUGUCAAGCUGAGCUUUUGGGAACUGUAAUGUCAUUUUCAGUCGAUAGCAAGCGGUGCUACAAGGCAAGAUGUCUGCCCCAUGACUCUAGAUUUGUGUUGAAUUCAUAUUCCACCAACUUAUUAUUAAUCGGAAAACGUUUUCAGAUGAGUAAGGGAGCAUAGACGAUAAUAUUGCUAAGAACAUUUUUGACUUUGCUUGCCCUUUGACAUGCGAGUGGCUUUCUUUUGUUCCAAUCGUGGAAGCGACCUCCCCAUUUUUUGCUUCUCAUUCAACCGCAUUGCGUCAGGUUUUUUUUUUUUCUAUUCAACUGGCACAUUUGAUGAACUACUCCGAAGUGUUUGUUUUUUUCUUCCCCCCCCUUCCUCUAUGCGUCCUGGAUCUGUGGGGUCUCCUCUCUGUCAUGCUCAAACAAGGAGACUGGCUUUUUUACUGCUGUAAGAUAUCCAAGCUAUUUUAACGGCAAAGACGUGUUUUAUCUUUCUGACGUCUUUUUAAAAAAAAAAAAACGGUGGAACGGCAGCAUUGGCUCUAUUUUCGGGUUCACGCUUUAUGCAAAAAUUGUAACAAAAGACAAAAAAAAAAAUCCAAAACACAUCUAGUGGUUGGUUGAAUAUUUACUGUUGGAGCAUUCUUGAAUUGUCCUUUUUUGUAAUUUGAAAGCCGAAGUUGUCGACUGUUGCUACCGAUCUCAUAUCGUGUGUGUCUGUUGAUGUUCUUACUCUUUCUCUAGAGCAGGGUUCCCCCAAAACUGAUGCUGGCUGGGCUCAGAUAUUUUCUCGCGCGUAGUUUCCCGGCAAAGGGCUUUUUGAUUCUUGGUCAUGAGUUUCCUGCUCUGGUUCCGUGUACAGUAUUUGGCAGUGAUGUAU